AUGAAGGAGGUGUCCGGAGGAGGAGGAUUUGAGGGCUGUGAGGAGCCCCGCUCCCCCUCUCCUCCCUCUCCUCCCUCUCUGUUGGAUCAGAGGAGGUCUCAGUCGGAGCUGGAGGAGAGGAGAGCUUCUCCGCAGCCGAACAUCAUGGAUCUUUGGGCUCGGAUUAUCGCCUCGCUCGUCCUGUCCCUCCUGAGCCGGACAGCCGCAGACGAGGUGUGUGAUGGCACGCUGGUGUCCAACCUGCCGCCGUCGUCCUUCAGGAGCUCCUCCCAGCUGUCCAGCAGCCAUGCGCCGGGUUUCGCCAAACUCAACAGGAGAGAUGGAGCUGGAGGCUGGUCUCCUCUCGCCUCCGACAGGUAUCAGUGGCUGCAGGUGGACUUGGGUGAGCGGACUAGGAUCACUGCCGUCGCCACACAGGGCCGCUACGGCAGCUCUGAUUGGCUGACGUCUUACCUGCUGGUGUUCAGCGACACGGGACACAACUGGAAACAGUACAGACAGGAGGACAGCAUCAGGUCUUUUCCAGGUAACACUAACGCAGACAGUGUGGUUCAGUACAAACUGCAGCAGCCUGCGGUGGCUCGGUUCCUCCGCCUCCUUCCUCUGGACUGGAACCCCAGCGGGCGGAUCGGACUCCGACUGGAGGCCUACGGAUGUCCUUACUCCUCUGAUGUGGUGAGCUUUGACGGUGACAGCAGGCUGACGUUCAGACCAGGUUCUGGACCGAGACGGAUGUCCAAACAGGUCAUCUCCCUGAAGUUUAAAACCCUGAGGAAUUCUGGGACACUGCUGCACGCAGAGGGACAGGAAGGACUCGGCCUCAGCCUGCAGUUAGAGAGAGGACGGCUGCUGCUGCUGCUCAAAGGCAGCACUUCAUCCUCGGAGCCCCGGGAGCUCGCCUCACUCGGCAGUCUGCUGGAUGAUCAGCAUUGGCACCACGUCGUAGUGGAGCAGAAAAACGUCCAUCUCAACCUGACUGUGGACAAACACACCGAGGCAGUCCAGAUCCCUGAAGAGUUCAGCCUCUGGGCCGUCGAACAGAUGAGUGUAGGAGCAGCCCAGAAUUCAGCCAUCUCCAAGAAAAACUUCCAAGGCUGCCUGGAAAACCUGCUGUUCAACAGCAUCAACCUGAUCGAGCUGACCAAACACAGGAACCAGCGGGUCGCUGUGCAGGGCAAUGUGACCUUUUCUUGUGCUGAGCCUGUUUUUGUCGCCGUGACCUUCCCCGGCCCCCAGAGCUUCCUCCAGCUGCCGUGGACAACGACUUCCACAUCUGAGAGUGUGUCCAUCGGGUUUCAGUUCAGAACGUGGAACGAGGCAGGGCUUCUGCUCACCUUUGACCUUCCACGGCAAGGAGGCGGGGUCUGGUUGCACCUGAGCGAGGCCAGACUUCAAAUGAAGAUCCACAGAGGAGGCAAAGUGCUGCUGGAGCUCAGUGCAGGUUCUGCUUUAAACGAUGGUCAGUGGCAUUCAGUGGAUCUUAACUCCAGACGUGGUCGUCUAACUGUCUCUAUCGACAAACAAGAAGGUGGUGUUGCUCACGCUGCCCUCUCGUUUCCUGUUUCAGUCUCAAAUCAAGUCAUCUUUGGAGGUUGUCCUCUUGAGGACUCCAACCAGGAAUGUAGAAACCCCUAUGGCGUCUUCCAGGGCUGCAUGCGUCUCCUUACUUUGGACAAUCAGCAGGUUGAUCUGAUCAUGGUGCAGCAAAGGCUUCUGGGAAAUUACAGCCAACUGCAGAUGGACAUGUGUGGCAUCACUGACAGAUGUUCUCCGAGUCACUGUGAGCACGGCGGCCGCUGCAGUCAGUCCUGGACCACGUUUCACUGCAACUGCUCCGACAGCGGCUACAGCGGGGCCACCUGCCACAGCUCUGUUUACGAACAGUCCUGUGAAGCGUACAAACACAACGGCAACACGUCGGGGUAUUUCUACAUCGACGUGGACGGCAGCGGGCCGGUCAAACCUCAGCUGGUCUACUGCAACAUGACAGAUGAGAACACGUGGAUGGUGAUCCAGCACAACAACACAGAGCUGACCACAGUGCGGCCAUCUCCUGGUGUUAAACAGCACUCGGUUCACUUGGACUACUUGUCUGAGGAGGAGCAGCUGUUGGCCAUCGUCCACCAGUCGGAGCACUGCCAGCAGGAACUGUCCUACCACUGCAGGAAGUCCCGCCUCCUAAACACUCAAGAGGGGUCUCCGUUCAGCUGGUGGCUCGGUGGCCCCGGUCCCGGACGGGUCCAGACUUACUGGGGAGGAGCUCAUCCCGGCAGCCAGCAGUGCGCCUGCGGCCUGCAGGGCGACUGCGUGGACCCACAGCACUACUGCAACUGUGACGCCGACCGCACCGAGUGGACAGAAGACUCGGGUCUUCUCACCCACAAGACGAGCCUACCGGUCAGGUCUCUGGUUCUUGGGGACGUCCAGAGGCCGGGGUCAGAAGCUGCUUACAGGGUGGGACCGCUCCGUUGUCAUGGAGACAAAAACUUCUGGAACGCUGCGUUUUUUGACAAAGAGACGUCGUACCUCCACUUCCCGACGUUCCACGGAGAACUGAGCGCGGACAUCUCCUUCUUCUUUAAAACCACGGCCUCCUUCGGCGUGUUCCUGGAGAACCUGGGCAUCAAAGACUUCAUCCGGAUCGAGCUGAGCUCUUCCACCCGGGUCGUUUUUUCCUUCGAUGUCGGUAACGGCCCGCUGCAGGUUCGCGUGGACUCCAACGUUCCGCUAAAUGACAACCGGUGGCAUCGAGUGCGAGCCGAGCGGAACAUCAAGGAAGCGUCUCUACGAGUGGAUGAACUUCCCGUCGCGACGCAGGAAGCUCCUGCUGACGGACACAUUCACUUACAGCUCAACAGCCAGCUGUUCAUAGGCGGCACAGCGUCCAGGCAGAGGGGCUUCCGGGGAUGUAUUCGCUCUCUGCAGCUGAACGGCGUCACCCUGGACCUGGAGGAAAGGGCGAAGAUCACGCCUGGGGUCCGGCCCGGCUGCCCGGGUCACUGCAGCAGCUACGGCUCGCUCUGUCAGAACCAGGGCCGCUGUGCGGAGCGAGUCAACGGCUUCUACUGCGACUGCAGCGCGUCUGCUUACACCGGGGUGUUCUGCCACACAGAGGUGUCAGCUAGCUUCAAAUCUGGCACGUCCAUCAGAUACGCCUUCAAGGAGCCCUACGAGUGGAGCAGAAACAGCAGCAGCCUGCCCUCCGUCACCUCUGACAUGACGCUAAGAGGAGAAAAUGUUUCCCUGAGCUUCAGGACGGCUCAGAGUCCAGCUCUGCUCCUCUUCGUCAGCUCCCACUACAGAGAGUACCUGGUCCUGCUCAUCAACCAGCACGAUGAGCUGGAGUUGAGAUACAAGCUGGACAACAGCAGAGACGCUGACGUGUUGAGGAGCAGCGUGAGGGGCGUGGCCAACGGCCAGCUGCACACGGUUACCGUCAGACGGUCGGCGGACUUCGUGUCUGUGCAGGUCGACCACAAUGCCAGAGAACACUUCAACCUGACAUCUUAUGGAGAUUUAAUCGGCAUCAAGUCUCUCGUUUUGGGCAGAGUGCAGGAGUCCAAUGAGUUGGAUCCGGACCUGGUCCGGCUCGGGUCUCUGGGUUUCACCGGCUGUCUGUCGGUGGUUCUCUUCAACUCCAUCAGCCCUCUGAAAGCAGCUCUUCUGAACCCAAACACCAGCCCCGUUUUCAUCUCCGGACCUUUAGUCCAGUCCAACUGUGGCUCUUCAGCUUCAGCCAAUCCCUACUCAGCUGAGGACACACACCACCUAUCAGACCGAGCUGGUUCUGUAGGUUCUGGUCAGCCUUUAGUUAAUGCCAUGAAGACGGACUCGGCUCUGAUCGGAGGUGUCAUAGCUGUUGUCAUCUUUGUGAUCGUGGUCGUCCUGGCCGUAACCGCCAGAUUCCUCUACAGGAGAAAAGAGACGUAUCAAAACCAGGAAGUGAAGGGAGUCAAACAGGAAGACAGUCAGGAGUUCUCUUACACCAACCAGGCAGACCCCCAGAGCGUCUCCGCUGAAAAUCCAAAAGAUUUUUUCAUGUAACCUGCGGCCAGCCGCUGUUUUUCUGAGAGGAGGCUGCAGAGAGGAGCAUCCUGCAACGCCUCAGGACUUCACACUGCACUACGAUCCAGCAACACACUUGGAAUGAGGCGGCAUUAACGAACGAAAAGAAGGAACCGCGCGCAGUUUUGUCUUUUCCUGUAUAUUGUGUAUAAGCUGAUUUAAACCAACAGC